UGGAAAUUGCGAUAUUAGAAGAAGAAGCUACUAUGAAAAAUGAGCUCUCAGAUUCUGAUAUUAAAACUGCUAAUUUUGCACAGCACAAGGGGCCAAGGUGUUUUGCUUGUCAGGCAUAUGGACACAAGAGACCAGACUGUCCCAAUAAAGAGAAAGGAUACUUGUGCUACAAGUGCACCCAGUUUGGGAAUCACAAGGGGAGAGAUUGCCCAAACAGAACUCACAAUGACCAUGAACCAAGUGGUUCAGGAUACUCGAAGCAGACUCCAAGGAAAUAACUAAUUUGGGGAGACCUUCUUGGAGAGAUAAAAUUGGCAAGACCUUUCUUGAAGAGAUAAAAUUGGCGAGAUGAAAAAAAAAAAACUAAUGAGAUUAAACUGACGAAAUUACCUGGCGAGAAUACUGAGGCGAGAUAAAGGUACCAAAUAAGAAACUUUGUGAUAAACGAGAACAGAUUAUUGGGAGAGAAAAAGACUGGAGAGGAAUCAAGGAUACUAUCUAUGGCGGGAGGGAGUGUUGAAUGUGGCGCCCUACGCGAGUCUCCUUAUUACCGAUAGUGUGACUGACUGUGUCGCCACGGCGCCGUUGCGCCUCUAUGAGAUAUACUCGCACUAUGCAUCACUUG